GCGGAAGUCUAAUCAAGAGGUGCAAACGGGUCUGACAGUCUCGGCAGCUGCGCGGUGGGCACUGGGCAAGCUAUGGGCCUCUUUGAUGAUUGUUGGUGCGCUGCGGGCGUGGCAUGUGUCGGCGGACUGCAAGGGACGUUUGUAGAAGCGGACUGGACCGUAGGGUUUCGUACAUACACCCUUGGGCCUGCCGUUUGACAGCGACUCGCUCUACACGUGUGUUUUGUUGUUGCGGCGAGGAAACAUGAGCCAGUUUGAAGCAAGAGGAUCAAGUAUGAACUGGUAGGUCGACAAGCGACAUGGACUGGCAGCAAUUCACGCCGUCAUCAACCCCGACCACGACCGUCUUUGACAUCAAUGUCCACGACCACAACAACAAUGCCAACGCCAACGCCAAUGCCGCGACACCCACGCAGACGCACUUUCACGAUGCAGUUCCCACUUACGACCAUGUCUACCAGAAAAGAGACUCGAUAGCAUCGACGGCCACAUCGGCAGACAGCACCACACAGAGCUAUGUAGCCUAUCCGCAGCAACUCAACCAACAUCAACAUCACCAUCAGCAUGCACAGCACGCCUACCAGCCAUAUGAAUAUGCCACGAGUCCGGUCUUUGCACACGGCCAGGAGCAGGGCCAAAGCCAGAGCCAGAGCCAGUCUCAGGUCUUCCAGAUGCACACUCCCCCUCCCACCCGUGGCUCCUCGAUCAAACGCAGGCCUCAGCGAUUGGACAACUCCGUCUCGGACCCGUCUAGCCUACGCCAGCCCGAGUUCAAUGCUGCCGCCUUCAGCUUCACCGUCCCGCAGCAAUCUUUCGACUCUUGGAGCCAGCCCUCAGGAACUGCUUCUGCCCCGCUGUCCGCUCCUGCCUGGACUGCCAACGCCGACGAUCCUUUUUCACACUGGUCCGCUCAAUCCUCCCAGUCUGCUCGAUUCUCCGCCCUCCCCCAGUCCUCCCAAUGUGCUCCUCCUCAGUCAUCGGCUCCGUCACGUCCUGUCAUAACGCGCUCCUCCAGUUCCAACAACGUGCCAUAUGCUACCCCGACGACUAUCAAGAAGCCAUCCGUAACAUCUAGCGUGCAAUCAACCCACCUGUACUCGUCCCCUGUCAGCACUCACUUCCCUAGCAUUCCUCAAGUGCGGCCUGUGCCACCCGAGAAGCCGUGUCUGGCCCCUGCCUUCCCUUCGACCUCGGGUCCUGCCUCGCCUGUCAAGACCGGUGGUCUGCAGCGAAGCAACACCGUAGGCAAUUUUCUAAAGCCGAGUCCCAACUUGGGGUCGAACAAUCCCGAUACAGCAGCCUCCCUUGCUCGGAGCAAUUCCGUUUGUAAUCUCUCGCGUCGGUCCUCUCCCUUGAAGCGAAUAGCUCGGGGUUCUCUGUCCUCGAUUGCCGAAACGUUGCGGCCUCAGCUUCGUACAUCUGUCGUCCUAACCAUCGAUGCCAACGGCACGGCAAGGACAGAGACCAGAGUUAUCGAGGAAAGCCCCACCCAGCCGAGAAAGGACACGCAGUCAAUCAAGGACAAAUACCCUAAUCUAUGGGACGACUCAGAUAGCGACUCGGACACUGUAUCAGCUAACAAGUGGCCCAACCGCCACGAUUCCCUUGCCCAGAGCAAUGCUGGACAAGAGCGAUCGGCCAAAAUGGCGAGGCUCGACAAGUCGUCCGAGAACCUUGAAAUGGCGCAGCUGCACCGUUCCAACUCGACGGCUUCCCUGAAAACGCCGUGCAAAGCUGCCUAUGCCGCCGCCAUUCAACUUAGACGUCAGGGAAGCGCCAAGAAGCAGCAGCGACCAUCGAGCGUGCAAAGCAGGCGCAACACUCUGUCAUCGUUGAACAGCUCAUUCGAAAAUCUGGCCGCCAUGGAUCUCAACAAGGACGACAUGCACACGCAGACCGACGCUGGAUCCGCCCUUCGCCAGGCCGCUGUAAACCGCGUCUCUCCACCCGUUCAAGUCAAUCGCGCAGUCCGUUCAGAUACCAUGCCUUCCACCGUCUCAAGACCCCGACAGAUGUCACAACCACAACGUCCUCAUCAGCUACAGCAAGUACACCAACUACAGCAAACAUACCAGCCGCCAGAACCACAAUUAUCCGUCCAAGCUCAACAGAUACAGCAACCUCGGCCACAGAGGCCCCAACACAUGCAGCAUGUCCAACAGAUACAGACCCAGCAACUGCCUCCAAACAACCAAGGAUACACACAUACACACGCAAAGUCGCAUAGUGUCAGCUAUCCAACGGCAACCUCAACAGCGCCCGUCUUUGAUCCUCGCGGCUCCUUCACCAUGGAUUACACCCCCGUUUCUUUUGCUCCUCCCGCACAACAACAACAACAACAAUUCACGAACGACAUGAGUGCCAUGACACGAUGCAUUUGCCAAAUUCCAUUUGACGAUGGUAGGAUGAUCCAAUGCAACCUCUGUGCCAUGUAUUCGCACUCUGGUUGCGUUGGUCUCGAUCCCUCACAACAUGCACACGUCUGCUCUUUCUGCGUCAGCGCCAACCCUAUGCAAUACGGGCACCAAGUGCGGUCAAGCUCAAUGCAGAGUUUCAAUGCUUGGACCGUUCCUGGACGCUGAGACAUGUUUUACGCCACACCCACACUCACACUUCUCACGAGGCAUUUUUCGUCCUCCUGUGUUGAAUAAACGAACCAAAUGAUGUUGCGGGGCAGGAACAUCAACCUCGAGUAGAAAUACCCG